AUGCCAGUCCUUACUUAUUGUAAUCUAGAAGGUAAGAUAUCUACGAAAUACUUAGCACCUAUCCUUACAAAUAUACCGAGUCCACGUAGCCUGGGGAUGGGUAUAUCAACUCCUCUUGGGGCGCACGGGCGACAAUUUGGGAGGAGCCGAGAAAAAUACAUGGACUGUCGCAACAGCAUUGCAGCUCGAGUUCAGGGGGCAAAGAUUUUUUUUAUGCCUCUCACCAUUCAUCAUUUAACAAACUCCGCUUUAAAAAAAAAAUAUGGUUGCGUAUAUACAAACAUUUUCUUCGGUUUCGCAAUGACGAAAAAAGUGAAAACAUUCCCUAUUUUUUUCGCCUCCUUCCAAACUAAUACUUCGUCAAAGUAAAUCUUUUAGAGGAUAGAUAAUUCUUUAGUUUAAACUGAAUUUGAGGAUCUGACGUAAUGUGAAAACUAGCGAUAAAUUUGCAUGGUUGCUGGCCAUGUGAGUGAUCUAGUAUGGGGCGUUGGCUUUACUAGGUCUCAAAAUAUAAGCCAAGCAAAAACAACAAUAAAAUUCGAUGUAGUCAAUCUAUACCCUGGUCCAGAGGUUUUUCUUGAAAUCUUUCUUUGCGAAAGAAAAAAACAGUUUUCUUCGCGACUUGUUGUCGCCGCUUUGCGGCUCGCUUUCUCUUUGGCGAAGAACAGUUUCAAGAAAAACCUGUGGAACCAGGUAGUCAAUCUAAUAAUCGCAUUUCCUUUCGUUUAAUUAUCCAGAAAGAAGCUGCAGUGACAUUAAAGCUCAAAAUCCUCAGGCCACGAGUGGCUCUUACGUCAUCGACCCAGAUGGCGACGGAGGCAACGAGCCUUUUACUGUCUUUUGUGACAUGGCUGACAAAAACGGUGUUGGUGUGACGGUGGUAGGUCACGACAGCGAAGCUAGAACGCUAGUUGAUGGCUACGAAGGACCAGGGAGUUACGUGAAAAAUAUCACCUACACUGCAACGGGGCUUACCGGCGUGGCACAGUUAGCAGGCCUAGCAGAUGUUUCCGAUCACUGCGAACAGUUUAUUAAGUAUGAAUGCUAUGGUGCCCUUCUUUUCAGAGAUGGUGAAUGCUGGUGGGUAUCACGUGACAACGAAAAGAUGAUCUAUUGGGGCGGAGCUAGACCAGAUGAUUACAAAAAGUGUGCAUGUGGGGUGACAUCGCCAAACUCGUGCGUAGACCCUAAUUAUGGAUGUAACUGCGAGAUGAAUGAUGCCACGUGGCGCGAAGACAGCGGUUUGCUAACUGAGAAAUCCCAACUUCCUGUGAUGGAGUUAAGAUUUGGGGACACUGGUGACUUGUCAGAGAGAGGCUAUCACACCCUUGGAAAAUUAAAGUGUUACUCUACUCGCUUUCUCUUUGGCGAAGAAAAAAUUCUGAAACUAGGUAAUCAAUCUAAUAAUCGCAUUUGCUUUCGUUUAAUUAUCCAGAAAGAAGCUGCAGUGACAUUAAAGCUCAAAAUCCUCAGGCCAUGAGUGGCUCUUACGUCAUCGACCCAGAUGGCGACGGAGGCAACGAGCCUUUUACUGUCUUUUGUGACAUGGCUGACAAAAAAGGUGUCGGCGUGACAGUAGUAGGUCACGACAGCGAAGCUAGAACGCUAGUUGAUGGCUACGAAGGACCAGGGAGUUACUUGAAAUAUAUCACCUACACCUCAACGGGGCUUACCGGCGUGGCACAGUUAGCAGGGCUGGCAGAUGCUUCCGCUCACUGCGAACAGUUUAUUAAGUAUGAAUGCAAUGGUGCCCUUCUUUUCAGAAAUAAUGAAUGCUGGUGGGUAUCACGUGAUAACGAAAAGAUGAUCUUUUGGGGCGGAGCUAAGCCAGGUGAUUACAAAAAGUGCGCAUGCGGAGUGACAUCGCCAAACUCGUGCGCAGACCCCAGUUAUGGAUGUAACUGCGAGAUGAAUGAUGCUACGUGGCGCGAAGACAGCGGUUUACUUACUGAGAAAUCCCAACUUCCUGUGAUGGAGUUAAGAUUUGGGGAUACUGGUGGCUCAUCGGAGAAAGGCUAUCACACUCUUGGAAAAUUCAAGUGUUACGGCUAGCCAUCCCAAAAUUGGUUUCCUCUGAGUAGUAUUAAGGUUAACACCAUUUCUUCUGAGAUUGUAAGACGUUUCUCUUAUGCCAAAAAAGUCUCUAAUGUAUUUCGGCCCUAUAUUCCUAAUGAGUUUAAAUAAUAGCAUCAGAGAUUACUGCUUUUUACUAAACGCUCAAGUGUCCAACUUGCGUAUAUUUAAGUUAUAGUUCUUGGUAAGACGAUGAUUUCCCGUGCCCUGUCAGUGUCCUUAACCUGACUUUCCCACCCCUAACAGUGAGGGUGGGGGGGGGGGGACUACAGUAUUCUAGAUGUGGUAAAAUGAAAGACUUGUAUAAUGCUAGCAUUAUUAUUAUUAUUAACGUCCAUAGGUACAAAACGCCUAAUUCUCCCAUUAAAGUGCGCCGGUCUUCGCAUACGCCUUUUUUAGCUGACUAGAAAUAUGCUCUAUAAAGUUUAACAUGCUAUCAAGUUCCACGCCCAAGAUUCUAAUAGAGGGAAGUUUAGUAACGCCAGAACCAUUCGAGGUUAAUUCAAAAUCGGACUUGCAAGGACCGAUUCGAAGGGCUUGCGUCUUGGCAUUUUUUAUCAACAAAUAGUUUGCAUCGAACCACUCCGACAGGCGGCUGAGACCCUGGUACACAACAAAUUGCAGGGCAAUGGGAGAGACAUCUGAUGUAUACAGAGUCGUGUCAUCAGCGUAUAAUCUCAGAGACACAUCCGGGACCGCGUAUUUCAAGUCGUUAAUGAAUAUACUAGUAAUAGUUGACACUACAUCCUUGUGUAGCUCUUUAAAAUAUACCGAUUCAUAAUAAAGAUGUUCACACAUAUUCCAUACAACAGGUGAGAUAUAUACAGGAAAUAAACGCAAGGUUCCAUGCACAGUUUCGGUUCGAUUUACACAGCUUUGAUCAAAACAUAAUCAUUCUCAGUUUCAAGAAUAGUUUAUUCUAAACCAUAAGGAAAGAUUUAAUUAGAAGUUUAAUUUUUCGCUAUUUCUAUUUCACUUUUUACAUUUAGUUCAUUUUAUUUGCCGGAAAGUAAGCCUUAGAAAUUAAAAGGACGUUUGAUCAAUUCACGUUCGCGCAUUCUAGUCUUAUUUUAAACUUUACUGAGCGGAAGGACAUCUGUGAGCAGGAAAUAAGUCAGCACAGAAUUUGAUGGUCGGCGAAUUUCUGUAAUCGUUCAUCGUUCUGCUAGUGAUAAGCUAGCCGUUGAAUCAUUCGCUCGUCUUGCUUGUUUUGGGCCGAGUCUUAUUCGGUCAAAAAGAGAGAAAGAGUGUCUGGCAAGGUUCAGCUGAUGGUUUCCAAUCAACGAUUUGUGAACUCGUGUCUGGCAAACUCACCUAGUGUUAAAAUAUACUCUGUUCUACGCACCUCAUAACUUCAUCUACGCUUAACGAAUGUCUUUUGGUCCAUAACUUUCAUAACAACUGCUCCACAGAAUGUCACUGAUAACUCUUAACGCAAAAGAGUAUCGAAGUGUGACUGCACAAUUAACGUCACAAAAUCUACCUAUUGUAAGCUGUUCCUUCGGGAUUUUUUGUGUUUUACGUCAUUCUAACCAUUUCGUACUUGCGGGCGCAAACAAUAGAAACGUCAUCAUUACCUACCGAUUCCUCGCGGCCCCUGUUCAAGCAAAUCGAGAUUUUUUCUAUAUUGACUGCAUGACUGUAUAUUUUAACUGUAAGUACUUUCCUUAAUAUACGUGCGAGUUACUAGAGUGCCUUCUAGGGAUUUCGCCUUCUGGGCGAAACCCCUGCGGGGGCAAUUAAACAACAGUGGCCCGAGAAGGGACCCCUAUGGAAGCCCCGCGCUCAACUCUGAAACCUUCUGUUUACGACUCAGUGGAUAAGAUGACAUCAAACUCAAGGCUGCUUGAGAGAGACGAUAGGUUUUCAACUUUGCCAAUAGAAGAUUGUGGUUAGUAGAGUCAAAAGCCGUUUUAAAUCAACGGCCGCGGCCAUGGCUGACUCUCUGUUGUCAAGGCUCCUCCUCCAAUCCUCCGUCAUUUUACAAAAAAGUAACAUAAUAUAUACUAGUGGCAAAGUUUUAGAAAUAUAAGAGUACUGCUAGUAGCAAAUAUCCUACUUUUGCUACCAAAGCCUUAAGCCAACUGCUAUGUCAAGUUUAGAUUUCCUUUUGUUCAGACUUUAUCUACUUUAGAUACUGCUUUCCUUGUGCAUUGUCCACAAACGGACGAUUCUUCCUUAUUGAUGCCAUACAAGAUAAAGUCGAGCUAAAAAAUAAAAUUUGUUACGGCGCAAAAUGUAAAAAAAUUACGCGGAAUGUAACAUUUACAGCGGGAAGGGGAACAAUUCAUUACGCAACAAAUGACAAAAAAAAACGAAGCGUAAGUGGGGGUACCUUCCGGCAAGUGCCAACGAGGCGAAUUCGUUUAUCUUUUGUGGAAUGUGCCUAUCCAGAUCUUUGCCAUUUGUUACAUAAUUUUAGGCUGCCUGCAAACGGACGCAAGAACUCCCAACAUUGUUGCGCCGACAAUGUUGGGAGUCGUUGCGCUCGUGUUGGCAAGGGUGUGCAAACGGACGCAACAUUGUUGGCCAACAACUCCCAGCGUUGUUGGAUGUUACAUGUUGCGUCUGUUUGUACACCCUGUUGCAUGUUGUUGGAUGUUGUUGCGUGUCGUUGCGCAAAGUUUGAAACCGGUCAAACUUUUCAGCCAACAACUCCCAACAUUUCUUUUGUUCCGUGAUCGCCGAAGCGUAGCGCAACAAUGUUGGAUCCGUUUGCACAACUUUUCCAACAUUGUUGGGCCUCGCACGUUCAUUACGCAUGGUUUACAAAGACUUAUGGGUUGUAUCCUUCCCACGAUGUACUGCAGGUCCCGACAUUGUUGGGAGUUGUUGCAUUCGUUUGCACACCACUGCCAACACGCACGCAACAACUUCCAACAUUGUUGGCGCAACAAUGUUGGGAGUUGUUACGUCCGUUUGCAUGCAGGCUAAAAAUUAAAAUUAAAUUCCGAGCUUUCGCCGAUCAACGGCAUCAUCAGGGCUAAGAAAAAUAUACCGCAUCGGUAAAAUACAUAUUAAGAAAUUGGUGUAAGCAAAAUGUGUGAAAAGCGCAAGAAUGGGGCGGAAUGUAUCGGAGGUAUAAAAAUAUAAACUUUAACAAAAUACAAAGAUCUAAUGAUCGAGUGGCACAGAACAAAGAGUCUCUCGAAAGCCAAAAUUAUUCAUAAUGGUGGUCUUUAAACCAAAAAGUCCGCAAAUUCGUUGCAUUCCUCAUGGGAGUUUAGGGCUGUCUUCAAUGUAAAUCGAGCUGCAAAAGGACAUGAGCUUGUUGAUAAAAAUCUCUCCAAAGGCAAAAAUAACUUUUAAAAAACAAAAGCUCCGCAAAUGCGUUGCAUUCCUCACGAGAUGUGAGGACCGGCUCGAUGUAAAUCGAACUGCAAAGAACACGCUGGUUCUGAUAAACGUUUUGAGAAUACAACCUUAUUCCUUAAUUAGCUACCGCAUAAAAUGCAAUUUAAAAAGGAAAAGGUAACACUGAAAACCCUGGCCUGUUUCUGAGUCGAGAAGCGAACACGCUACCUCAAUAUAAAUCGAGCUGGAAGAACAAGCUGGUUCUGACAAAAAUUGGAGCGUAAAACCCUAUUCCUUGAUCAGCUGCUGCUUUAAACGCAGUUUAUAAAGUAAACCAGAGCACUGAUAUCCCUUUCAAAUCUAGAAAUUGUAUUAAAGGUUGCUCACCUGUUAGGGCCUCUUAAACAGAAAACAAACUAACAGCUGCACACGGGAUCACCCAACUUCGAACCGCGGGAGUUGUAAAUAGAAGAUCAUAAGGUCACUGCCUAAAUAUGGGGUCUUAUUUACACCCAAAUAUGGUCAAAAUUGCAAAUUCUGAGGGUUACGCAGAAUUUGAGGGGUUUUGCCUACAUUGCGCGGGAUUAUAAAUCUGCCGCGGAGGCAACCUCGCUUCUUUUGUAGCUCGGUUGCCUCAAUGACAAUAACUUUCUUGAACCCAAAAUGUAGCAAACGUAUGCGAAACUGUGUGUAACAUUUUUACCUCUAAGAUACAGAAAAGAAACAUUUAACGGUGAUUGCCUCUUUUUGAACAUUGACACGGUAUAUAUAUAUCUCUAAAGGGGUGCUGUAAAUGUUCCAUCAUAGAGAGUGUCUGGUUAUAGGAAAUAAAGUCAUACUUUUCCCACCUCAGCCUUCGCUUCCGCUGAACUCGACUUAAUGCGUACGUGUUGUCAUCCCCUGCACAAACUCCAAUUAUGAUGCAAAUGCGAGUAUACUUUUAAAUGACUUGGGGAGGCAAAACCUUGAAACUCAGCGGCAAAUUCAGAAGGCUGUGAUGGUGUAUAAAUCUUUGAAUUGCCUUGCACCUGAUUACAUGUCUCAGCGAUUUGUUUAAUUCUUAUAACCUGGUCUCGGUUCGGGCCUCAGUUUGGUCCAAAAAUUAGGGGAGGGGGCGGGGGGCGGGGGGAGUCCCUCCCCUGGAUCCGCCACUGUGUAUGAUCAAAAUGCUUUUCUCGGAUUACAAAAAGGCGCCUGGUUUAACUUUUUCCUUACUUUCUUUUUUCCCUUUAAAGUCACAUUUCUGGCAACUAAGAGCCUGCAGUGUGAGCAAUUAGGGACGGCCCAUUUAAUUUUUGUGAUGGGGGGAGGGGUGGGUGGGUAUGCAAUUGCCAAAAAAAAACCUGCAGAAGAAAUUUAAGAGAAAGAAGAAUCGUGCACAAGAAAGCAAGUGUAAAAAAAUAUCCAAGCAAGCUCUGCGUGCUCAUUGGAUUUGUAUAUGUGAGGUAUUUCAAGAUAAAAGAAAACAUCGAUCUUCUCAAUCUGGCGAGUUUUAUUUAGACAUUAAUAACUUUAUUCUGUUUGUCGGUUUUACAAGCGAAACCGACACAUCGAGACAAACAUUCCCUAAUUUAUUAAUAAUUUAGAUAGCUCUUACUAAUUUUAAGAUCUGUUUAAGCCAGUGAACGAAGCAAGCUUUCCGGUAGACAUGUAAGUUAUUAUAUUAAUAAAGAAUUAAACGAAUAGGUGUCGAAUCCUUGUUAAAAACUCUAUUUUAUUUUGAUAUCAUGAUACAAGAACAGAUGACACCUCUUUUGAGAUAACAACAAAAUUAGUUCUUCUUUAGUAUACCCAUCUGAUGAAAAUGAAAUGCCAAAAUACACAUUACAUAACUCAUUUAAGCCUCGAAAUAUUAUGUGAAGUAGAAGAUAACCUCUUAAUAACGUUGUUUUUAGUUGUUGGUAUAUAUAUACGGUAAGAAAAAUAUACCGUAUUUCAGUUGUCUUAUUUUGCUUUAUCGACUAUUAGAAAUUGCUAUAAUCACAGAGUCUUUCUUAGACGAUUUGAGCUGGCCAAAAAAUAAUCUAGUUAAUAAUUUAUUGCUAUCAAAGGAAAUUAGUCUGAGAUCUUUAGCAAGCUAAUGAAGAGAACUGUAGAAAAACGCAUAGACGCAUAUACAUUUUAAGCGUUCAGUGUUAAAGAUUUCAAUGUAGAGAGACUAAGAGGUACAAAGUGAAAAAGCCAGACAGGAAACAGUGUGGGUCAACAGGAUUUUCUGCUUGACGAAAACGCCUGAAACUGCAUGGUUUAAUUAAAGAUUAUUACCUUGUCAAUAAAACUUGAAUAUAAUUCAGUGCUUUGACGUAGUGAGACAAAACGUAAUACACCAAGUCUACUUUCCAGUAUUUUCGUCGAUAAUUAACUGAAUAACUACUUGAAACUAUUAUAAAACCUAUUUCUCACUAUCUCAUCUGGACGUUUGAAAAUAAUUUGGACUGACAGGAGACUGAGGAAAAAUGACGCAAAUCAAGUAAACUAUCCAUGACCUUUCAGUUAAGGUUAUUCUUAUGGUUGAGAAAAGUUAAGUUUUCAAGACGUAACUUGCCCUAGGUUGAUAUCAGCAAGCCGGAUAUCAGGAUUAUCUUGUUAUUACUUCAUAUUUUCUUAGCACACUUUUAGCAAAAAAAAAAGAAUGGGAAUCGCUUUAUGUCUUUAGUCACUUGAUAUCUUUACACGCCGACGCAGCUUCUUGAAAUUAACUUCAUUUCACAGUUGGCGGCAUACUUUUAGAUACAACUUUAAUUUGCAUGAGAAAGGACGAUUUUAUCAUAAAUGGUCUUUUAGUUAAAACCCAUGCCAUUUAAGUAGCUAACCAGACAUUCAGAUGAUAUUCUGCUUUGUCUAUGCUAUCUCAGCACAACGUCCAUUCGCCACUAUCUGGCUGGCUACGGAUAUUUGUAGAAAACGUCGUAUCACACACAAGCUAGUAAAUACAUUGGUAAGAGAAGGUCCAUGUUAUUUAAUUUCUUUACAACUUUUUUUUACUGGUAAUUGGCGUUGUUUAAUUUCAUUCUAAUACCGGAUAAACCAAUGUUCCAGUGACGUUGUUAGGUAAAAGUGAUGUUCUUUCCGUAUAAGGUUGGCUACUAAGGAACUGCGAUCUUUACUCAGCAAUAUUUUAGCAGCAAGUUUCUUGUUGUUUCUGCAAUAAAAUAGUGUAAAUCCGCUUAUUUUUGGAUGAACUUUAUCAAUGUCUUUUAAAAAGGUAUGGCGCGGAGGCGAUUCUUCCGUAUAUCAUUUCUCCUUGUUGUGGGUACGAUCCUUUACAGAGCAGAGGCUCAGCAAUGCCCGGGCGGGAGAUCCGAGACAUCCAUCUUGGGCUGGAUGUUGCGCGGACACACCUAUAAGACAAUGCAGGCAGAUCUUCCACACACAUGCGUGUUUGCCUGUUACAAAGAUGAUCGAUGCCAAAGUCUCAACUGGGUGAUCUCUCUCCUCACUUGCGAGUUCAACAACAGAACAAAGGAAGCAAGACCCGAGGAUUUCAUCCCAAAUGCAGACAGAUUUUACUUCAAACGAGAUAAGAACCGAGGUAAUAAGAAUAUUUUGAAAUUGUGCUGCACGAAUUCCAUAGCAAAAAAAUAGUUAUUAAUAACUGUAUGUCUGGCUGUUUUCCCCAGUUCCUUUAGGUUCCAUUCCUGAACUGCCUGCAGAGACGUGUCAUGAAAUAAAGAUGAGUGAAGGUAAAGCAACCAGCGACAAAUAUUGGUUUUCCACCUUAAAACCUAGGACACCAGUUCUCGCUUACUGUAAUAUGGAAACUGAAGGUGGGUUCAGUUAAUAUAAAGAUUUAGCCAGAGCUAAAGGCGAAGCUCCGUCACAGUUACUUACUUCAAAAAGUGAACUUGGAACUAUUGCCAAAGAUCUAUACUAUACUAUACUAUACCUUGCCACCCCCAUAAGGUUUUUGUGAAUUUUUUCCUAGACGAUAAAACAUCGACACCUGAAGUUUUCUGUAGCUGUUCGUUUAUCCUUCGCACACAUUUCGAGACAAGUUUAAUGAUGAUCAAUUACUAUGGUUACAAGAUAUGACGUCAUAAGUAGCAGGUGGUCAAGCCAUUUUUGAGUGAAAAUGCAUGUCUUUUGAACUGUUUUCAACAAUGAAAGUAAAACUUGUGGAUGAAAUGAUGCAAAGUAAUUAUUUGUGUGUUAUUUCACAUGUUAAGCGCAAAACAUUAUUACUUCUCACUGUUUUUACCUUAUCUCUAAUUCUUAAUAAAAUUCAAGAUUGCGGCCAAGAUGGCGACCAUGUUUGGUGACGCCACAGUUUUCCAGGAGCGCCACCACCCAUAAAAUAUACCUCAUCUUGUAGAGAAGAUGAAAGGCUUUCCACUGAAGGCAAAAUGAUUUCGAAAUAUUGCAACAUAUCAAAUCAAUCCCCCCUUGUACCAUGGUGGGGGUAUGACUUUGCGUGUACGUCUGAGGGUUAACAUGAAAGGAGGACCAUAAGACGUUUGACGAAAGGGGCUGCUGUAAAAACUAACCUCGAGCCUGCGAUCAACAAAAAGUUAAUAACUGGUCAGCGGAAAACCUUAAAUAACAUGUGGUCUCGAUAAGUCGAAACCUGACCCCGUGUACCGUCAUUUGAUACUGGUCAGUGGAUGCCCCUUACUGACAGCUGCCAAUUGACCAUAACAUAGACGUUUAUCAUCAAGCUUGAUCACAGCUUGCAGGCUCCCACACAAGCUAAAUACAAUGUCAUUACACAUUGGUUACCCUGUAGUGCGGAUGAACGGGCGGGUAAACGAACGUACGGUCACGUGACAACCAAAAUUUCUUGGAUGCACAGAUAACCAAAUUUUCUUACUCAUGGUGUUCCGCUAUAAAGUACCAGUGACACGAAGUAAAAGGCGAUCUGGGCGUAGGAAGCUUACUCUAUCAGGAGCCAUGCUCCUGACUCUAGUAAGCACUCAAGGAAAGCAGGAACUGUCCUUAAUCCUUUCAAGCUAUGCACUCCCAGACGUUUUACGGUUUGAUGGAUCCAUAAAGUCGUAUAGCCUUCACUGUGCUGCUAAACUGAAAUCGAUUCAGGUUGGGAGUCUGUUAAAGUCUCUUUUAUUGCCUUUAAUACACCUAAAGGUACGGAAAAACGGGCAACAAAAAACGGGCAACUUGUUUUGCAACAUUGCUGUAAAACGAGUUGAAUAGCGAUGUUGCACGUUUUACCACCCCUGCUCAAACCUGCUAACAACCUGAUUUGUUGCAAGACAGGUUUGAUGUGGGUGGUAAAACGCGCAACAUCGCUAUUCAACUCGUUUUGCAGCAAAGUUGCAAAACAGGUUGCACGUUUUUUGUUGCCCGUUUUUCCGAACCUUAAGUCACGCCUUUGCUUUUUCAGAUCUUGACGAGUGCACUUCUUCUCCCCCUGUCUGCGACCUCAAUGCUGAUUGCACCAAUACUCGCGGAUCUUAUCUCUGCACUUGCAAGGCUGGAUUUUCUGGUGACGGAAAAACCUGCUAUCGUAAGGGAAAAUUUUUAUUAUCUUUCUCAGUAAAAUUUGGGGGCGGGCGACGGGCGGGGGGGGGGGGUGCUGGAUUACAAUUUUUGUUUAUUUUUCGCAAAUUACAAAGUUAGUAGCUAAAAACGAGGAUUACAUUAACAGUUACAAUAAAUUUUAAAUUUGAUAAAAUAAUGCUAAAUUGAGCGAAAAAAAUUCGAUUAAAGUAAAAACCAGCUGAGUCGAGAGCAUAUCGCUUUGUCCAGCGAACAAGAAGCCAUCAGCAAGAGACAGAAGAGAGGCUACAACGACAACAGACAUGUGCAGACAGCUGUACUUCGAGACAGCGACAAAAUACCGCAAUUGCAAUGAGAAAGAACCCGAUAAAGAGAAGGAACACCGACUCCAGAGGCUUCUAGAAAAUACGGACAAUAGGAUUCGCAACGAAAGGAGAUUAGGGAGACAACGCUUACUGGAAGUUUACAGUCAAUUUUUUCGAUGCAGCGAUUGUGGCACGUAGAAGCUGCUUGAAAGAGAAGUCACUAGUGGUGCCUAGCACUGAGGCCAAACAAUACUAAAACAAUUGAAAGAAUGACAUUUCAUUGUUUCCUGCGGCCAAUUAUUAGGAGAGUCCUUAGCCUGUAGUUAUCCACUAUUACACCCAUUUCCACUUAACAAAAACUACACUUGAAGGCGGGUCGAAUGGGAUGAAAACGGGACCUAUGCAACUUUGGCUAACCUUUCUUAAUAAUAACAACCCCACUUAAUCCAAUCUCGUUUUAAAGCUAGGGCAUGCACUGGGUAUGAAUUGACUGCAACCAAAAGGAGAUUGAGUAUAUCUCAGCUUGCAGUAAUAGAGCCGGUUGUGAAAUUCGCCCUAACCAGUUACACAAUUUACUCUAUUUCUCUCCCGCCCUCCCAUCCAUAACAUUUUACGGGCCUUCUUUCCCCGAGCCUCGGGAGGUUCUGCGAUAGACGUAUUUCUUGUUUCAUUUUAAGGUUGGUUAUUUACAACAAACGGAGGAAAGGGACGUUUUGGCAGCGUACAAACGUUCACUGUUCCAACCACAACUCGCUAUCGUAUCACUGCUUGGGGUGCUCGAGGAGGAACCCACUCGCCAACCUAUGGACAUUUUCCAGGAAUUUACCGUGGUGGCAGAGGCGCAAUUAAGGAGGUCACGUUUAACCUGAAUAAAGGAACUGUGCUGAACAUUGUGGUGGGACAAAGAGGAGGAGAUUCAGUGGAAGUGCGAGGAGGACAGUCUACUAACUUGACAGCAGCUGAGCUGGGAUUGUCCGUAGGAGGACAAUGCUGGAACUGGAGGAGGGGGAGGGAGCUUUGUUUAUACAACAAGUAACGUGCUUUUGUUAGCUGCUGGAGGGGGAGGGGGUGCAUCUAGCGGAUAUAACGGGACGGAUGGACAGUCGGGAACUAACGGCACCAGUAGCGUUGGAAGGUUUUCAAGUCAGGUUCGUAGCGGAGGAUCUGGAGGAAACCCUGGUCAAUGUAACAAUGCAAGGGCUAGUUACCAUGGGGGAGUGGGUGCGGGAUGGUUAGGCCAAGGUUGUUCCAGAACCUGGUCCUCACACGGUGAAAGAGGUGGAUCGCGUGCUCAGGGCUGGGUAGGUGGACGUGCUGGAAGAAUGAAUAGUGGCUACAACGGAGGGCCUCCCCCUGGGGCCGUAGGAGGGUUUGGCGGUGGUGGAGGGGGAUCGGAAGAUAAUGGUGCCUCAGGAGGAGGUGGUGGAUACUCUGGGGGAGGUAGCGGCACAUACCCAAACCAAGCAGGCGGGGGAGGGGGCUCUUACUGUAGUGGCUCGAGCUGUUCUGGUGUCACUGGAGAUAAUGAACAUGAUGACGGGCAAGUACACAUCAUUGAGGUGCCCGUUACCAAGGGUGCUGAUUAAUCAUUUUAUUAUUCAUUCAGUUAUUUCUCUGUUUCUGAAAAGUAUAAUCCUCAGUUAUAAUUAAUUCCUUACAACCAGCUGACGUUGACCAAAUCUGAAGGACUCCUGCCGAUAUCAAGACCAUAGCGGAAUAAAACAAAAGUAAUUACUUUGCGGUUCAUGGACGAAUAAUAUAUUUCUAUUGUUUUCUUUCCCCAUGCAUCGGAUACAGUGCCAAGUAUGAAUUUUAAUGUAUCGAAAUUGGUCUAUUGUAUUGAUAAUCUAGGGAAAAAGGGACAGCAGGUAGAGAGCUUUGGAAGAUUUCACUUGCUUUGCGUAGACGAAACGGCUAAAAUAUUGCCUAAAAACAUAGCAAUAAUAGCAAAAAUACCACUUGGGGGAUGACACCUGCUGUUUGAAGAAUACAGUCAACCUACGCUUUACGGACACCUUCCUUUAAUACAGACAUUUUCUAUGGCCCCCUCCAUAUAUUCCUUCAAAGAAAGUCUGUUCUUAUAAUCUCCGUAAAAAACAUUGUGCCCGUCCUAAAAUUAAUACUGAGCGUUUCAUAUUUGCGUUUCGUAGUCUAGAUUUAUUUAAUAUUUAAACACAACCUUAGUACAGGAUAGUUAGGAUUCUCUGAUAAGUUUAUUUAUUUUAUUAUGUUUUACGGUAUAUAUUCAUAAACAGUUGUAGCAUAGGAUAUGUAUUCUAUCUUGUGUGAAAUAAUAAUAAUAAUAAUAAUAACAAUAAUAAUAAUAAUAAUAAUUAUUAUUAUUAUUAUUAAAACGUGGUUUGACUGUAUCCGCUAGACUAAACAUUCCUUUAUAUCCUGAAACUGCCGAGGAACUGGCAAAUGUUAUGAAGACGGGAACUUAAGAGGCCCUGCCAGGGUAAAUUCCGACAAGCGACACUGAAAAAAAAGUAGCGACAGAGCGUAAAAUGAAAUGGCGACAAGAGACAACCUCCAUCGGCCAAAUUGGGACAAUGACGGCAAAGCCGAGAAUACGCGACAAAGAACGGUGGUUUGGCUAAUUUAUCACCAGUCUGAAUGACAAGAAAAAGUAAUUUUCGUCAAUUUUCCUUGCGCUUCAGAGAACGCCUCUUGCCAGUGAUCUUCAGUGUAUUGUCCAGUCCUAAACUGCUUGAAACUACUGUAUCCACAUAAAUUUUAUCCUUGUUGGUCCGUUUGGCAUUCAUCUUUUAUCACAUGCUCACAUUUGUUCGUUUAUAUAUUGAGGUAUAUUUUACGUGCGCUGGUGGCUUGUCUUCGUUAUUACUGAAAGAGGAUUUUAAUAGAGGUUCUGUUCCACAUAUUUUACCGUAAUUUUGGCCGGUCUGAAGAAAAUCGUUCGUUAUACCGAGGAUUUCGUUAUAUAGAGGUUGAUUAAAUCGAGGUUCCACUGUAUCAUUCUCAGCCUCAUCCAAUAACGUACUACUUAAUUCUCACCGGUUUUACAUCGAAUGGAAGGGCGUUAGGGGGAGAAGGAAGCUUUAAAGACUCGCACUAACUAAAUUUUGAAAGAAGUAUAACUUCAUAACUGUUUUAUGAUGUAACCCGGUUGACAAAAUUACUGAAAAUUAACUAGAGCCACAGUUGACGUGACGUGCUAAUAUCAUAGACUGGCGUUAUUUUGCAGCUAUAUGAUUCAUGUAAGAUUUCUUAGUCACAUUUGUAUCCGGCUUAACUUUAAUGUUAAAGUAGAAAAAUAAUAAAUCAAAGUAUAACACCUGUUAUUAUUCAUUCAAAAUAUUUCCCCAAUUCUGAUUGGCUAAAAGCACGCGCAUAAUUCACCAUAACCAAUUACUGAUGACCAAAUUUGGAAUAAUUUUGUGUUUAACGAGGAAAUGACGUCAAAAAUGCAGCCUUCUACAGGUUAAUGCACCGUUAAUCGAGAAGACCUGGAGACGAGGUUGAGUUGUUUUGGUUGUGAAAACAAAAACGGCGGACAUCUCACUCGUUUCAAGAGUAAGAACUAGGCGAAAAAAUAGCUAAAAACAUGGCAAGAACAGCAAGAAGACAACUCGAAGGGCGACAUCUGCUAUUUGGAGAAUAUUUGCGGAGCUGAACAACGUGCACUAUCGAAGAUGAACUUAACAUCGAUGGAUCGAUGGAGGUAAGCAUGUUUAGCCACGUUUUUAAACUAGGAAUUAUUUUGAAUGAAUAAUAAAACAAUUAUUGAAUUCGGCUUUCGUAUCAUAUGAAGAAUUAUGGAGAUCUAGGAGGGUGGCCUAGGCCUACAGCUUCGACGGAUAACAGCCCCCUCGAUCUCCACAAUUCUUCAUAAGAUCCUCAGCCUCAUUCAUUAAUUUUUAAUUAUCAGCAGCUCAUUGAUGUUAAGUUACCUUAGAUGCACAAGUAUUCUGAGCUUGUAAUGUCCAUAUUGCUCCCUUAUUUUAUAGUGACUAGCCAACCUAAGCUUUUUGUAUAAAGAUAAUUUUAGCAAAGCAAAGUGAACAACGCGAAGAUACUAUUAAACGCAAAUGAGUUUGCCUUGGCCAGUCACAGAAAACUUGCGUUAUCUUUAUCUCGCCCUAAGCUGAGGGAGUUUUCAAGUCGCUAUAAAACGAGGUGUAGCAACUUUGAUUAACAAAAGUUGUAAGUUAAGUCUGUGAAUAUUGAAUUAUAUGUCGAAUAAAGAAGUUAACUAAUGAACAGGUGUUGUUUUUGUUCAAGCAAAUCAGUUAGUCUCCCGAGGAAAAGUUCCUUCGACAUGACACCAGUUUUGAAAUCUUUAAACCCAUUGGCUGUUAAUUACCAACAAUACUUUUGCGGUACAGUUUUCUGCUUUUAUUGAAGAGCUGUGUUGCAGGGAGUCCGGUAUUUCUUUAACCCUCGGACUUGCAAGGGGGUGGAGUGGAGUGGGGUGGAUGUCAAAUUUUGAUAAUUUUUGUUUUACAUUAAAGAAUACUGGCCUAUCGAGUUGACGGCCCUUAGGAUCGAGAAUGCGCAAAGAAGAAGUCUUACACUACCUUUGGGAGGGUAUCCAAGGCAAGAUGUUACAGAUGGACAAUUGCUUGCUGAGUAGAAUUUUCCGCGACCGCAAAUUGAUUGCGAUCGAGAUGAAAAAUAUUUAUGAUGUGCGGGAUAAAUCAUUAUAGUCCUCAGUAGUGUAUUUCCCUCCAUGAUCUCCGCAACCUGAUCACCGAAGAGAAAUAGGUCUGAUAUGAUAGUUUUCGAUCAUCUUGAGGGAUUUCUGUUUAGGGUGGGCACACAACAGCUCUUUUAAAAAGAGGAGACCGAAGCAACAACAUCGCGUAGAAAACUAAUAGAUGUGGGCGACAGUAGGAACCAUAUCAAAUACAAAUUAACUCUUUUGGUAGGAUGCUGCGAUCCCUGUGGUUUCUUGGUAAUGCUGAUGGUGCAAUCACCAAACGACGUAAUACAUAAGAUUGAAAAGACCAUGACAAAAUUCACACCACAACACAAAAACGAACCACCUACCCCUCCUCUAAGCUAACAUUAACACUUAUUUCUUACUUAGGGCAAAAUGUUGGCUUAGGGGAGGGAUAGGUGGGUACUUUCUUAGAAACCUAAAUUGAUCCCAAUGGUUUCUGCAACACAGGGCGAGAAACGCCCGGGAUACAGUCGGGGUCAGGUCUUUUUCUGAUCUUGGUUUUACGCAAUGCAGUGUGCACUUCCCGUUCACGCACAAAGCCCUUCAGAUGGAAUCUCAGACGCGUCAACUGCGAUAUAAUUCGGACACAUCUGUUUGAGCUGACUAAGGGGAACAAAAUCUGAUUUUUCUCCCAAUGUAUUACAAGGGAAUCAAGUUUUCGGAAUUCGGGAAAACUUUUGUUUGUGAAGUCUAGAAUUCUGGGCUUUGGAAUCGGAAAUACAGUUUAAGGAAUACUGAAUCCCACUAACUAACGGAAUCCAGAAUCCAAGUUCCACUAACUGGAAUCUAGUACCUGGAAACCAGAAUCCACGGCGCGGAGUCUAGGUUUCAAGACUGUCUCACAUUUCCGUUACAUGGGUUAAGAUGUUAGACCAAUGAGAAAAAUCAUUGAUGCUGCCUCGCAACUGGACAACGGAAGUGAUAUUAUUACUGCCAUCUAUCUGUUUAUAUAAUACCUAUCCAAUUUAACUUCCAGAAAUUCAACUUUAUUGCAGGUACGCCACAUGCUCGUUAACUGAAAUGUUGCUAAUUGUGAUUUUUGCUAGCCCCUUAUUAGGAAAUGCUUAGAGGAGAAUUGAAACCCAAGGACUAUAUAUCGCAGUGAAGUCUUAGCAAGAAUUGGAGAGUUUCCAGAAGUGAACAAGCUAAGACCAGCUAAGACCGUUCAGUGGAAAUUGAUAGCUCUUUUAAAUUAGAAGUUUUCAAACGUACAUAGUGGUACAGUAUACAGAAUUUAUAGCACACGAUUGUGAUCGAUAGUAGUUUGUGUGACUGAAUAGCCUACACAAGUCUGUAGGGUUUUAUCUGUACAAGUCUAUAAGGAUUAUAUCACCUUGGCCAUUUAUGAACCAUAGUAGAGUCAUAGUGAGUUGAUAGAUUAUGUUAGCAAUAUGUAUUAGAACUCAUGACAGGCGUCUAUAAAGAAGGUUUCUUCAUCUAAAUGUAGACAAUUCAAAACUCGAAAAAAACGGGUCACUAUCAACGCCUCGCGUUACGGAAAAAAUGACAGAUUUUGAAGCAACGGAUGGCGUAGGACUCUCCAAAGAUGGGACAAGCCUAAAAAAUUCUGAAAAUUCAAAAUUUUUUUGGAAAUACUUCAGCUUUUAAUAAUGUAUCAAGAAAGCCAACUGGGCAAUUAUUCACUUGCCAGAGAAAAACUAUGCCAGGGCACACAUUGAAACUAAUUACCCGAACUGAGAAUGGAUUUUUUUAGCCUGAAAAUUACGUUAGACAAAAGAAUUGAUGUGCAUAAUCUCACCCUCAUUUUUCUUUAGAUCGAUGCUUAGAUCGACUAGUUUCGCUGCUUUGAAAUUUAAUUUUAAUUUCAAAGCCUCUUUUUCGGCAAUGAAAAGAUCUGAAAAAGUAGGGACAUUAUGUCCACCAGGAACCGUGCAUGAAAUCUCUAGGAAAAUCUAAAUUUCACCAGAUAUUGUGGGCGUCCACUUUCGAUUUUCAAUCUAGUUAUUGUUCGAUUGAAACAAAAAAGUAACUAAGUCGGCAUAUUAGAAAAAAUAAAUAUAAUUAUACUAUAAAUACAUAAUUGGAGCACCAGUACAAGCCAGUGAGGGACUUCUAUAAUGUAAGAAGCGAUUUACUUUUCCAAGGCAGCCUAAAGGUUCGUUAAUGUACAAAAGCUACUUUCGCAUGACUUUCGCUAUUUCAGAUAUCAUUAUUUUACUAUAUGUGAAUGGUUAUAUAAAAACAAUUGUAGUUACUCUAGGAAAUUUAAUUUAUGCCCCCAUGCGGUGACUCUUUUCUUCGAAAAAACCGCAGGCUCAGCAAGUGAUCUUCGCCCACUUUUGAAAUUUUCUUAUUAGGACCGAAUUCUAAGCGGGUCGGUUAUUUAGACGAAGUCUAACUUUAGCCGCAGUUAAAGAAAUCCUUGGACCUCCAGAUAUCUUUCUUAGUGGGUUAAUUUCAGAAAACCCAUUGCAGUGUACGCUAUAUGCUAGAUUGAAAUUGUUAACGAUAAAAGGCGAUUGGCUAAAAGCGCUGGGAAACUGAAAAUGGCUUAGAACUCGGUUUUGUUAAACACGGGCCAAAUACUCCGUUUAAAUCUGAAAUGGCCCUUUAAGAGUUUUUUCAUGCUUAUUUUCUCAGUUUCAAAUGAUGUGCACCUGUAAAAGCCAAUACAUGUAAAAUUAAAAACUAGCUUUAAUUUAGAUUAAGUUAGUUUUAGGAUAAAAAAAAUAAUAAUAAUAAUAAUUGAAAAAAUGAAUCAGUUUCAGUCUGCAAAGGAUAUCAGGUUAGUUUUAUUGACAAAUUUAGGGGGAUCUGAAUAUUGUAACGUGUGGGUUCCUAGUAAAUGUCGCACAUUGUUGGCGAAGGAGUGCAUAAAUGUAAGGAGAUAAAAUAAAAUAAAAUCAAUUUGAAGUUUCUCAUCAAGGGUUUCCCAUUAAGAUAAAGUGUCUCUAGGCAAUUGUUCAUUAAAGUUUUUAUUAGCGGCCAACACUAUCGUUAGAGAUGAACUUAAAAUAGUUACAUCUCAUAAGUUACGCUCAAUAAAUAAAUUAGUGACGCUUACUUGCAUAAUACAUGAAGAUGUAUUGCGUAAAGAAGUGGAAUUCAAACAGAGUUUUCAAUUGUUAUUUUUUCUAUUCAUCCGGGCCCUUGAAGUUAAAUUAUAGCGCCUUAUGCGCCAUUUUUUCAUAACUUGUAGCAACAAAAUUGGCAAAGGUUGUAUCAACGGACAAGGCUGAAUAUAUUUGGUAAGAGCGCUUGCCUCUAUGUUAAAAGCUUUUACAGCCUAGUUAGCAGGUAUUAAUUCAAUCAUCUCGCUUCGUUGAAAAAAAAAAAAAAUAUGGACGUGCGGAUACGCAAUCAAACUUAUGUUGUUACUUAAGUAAUAGUUUUAUUUCGCACUCCAGAAAUCAAACCUCUUAAUGAAUGAAAGUAUAUUGUCUAUGCCUACUCGUUAGGUGAUGUAUUUUUAAGAGAAUGGAAAAGAAACAGCUCUUUCGCAUAGCAGUUAUCUUUGCGUUGGGUAAAGUGCUCUAUGGAGUAGUGAGUGAUCACGAUCAGCAAUGUACUGGUGGACUAUCUAAGGAAUCUAUCUUCGGCUGGAUGUUGCAGGGACACAUCUAUAAGACCAUGCUGGCAGAUCUUCCACACGCAUGCAUAUUUGCCUGUUACAAGGAUGAUCGAUGCCAAAGCUUAAACUGGGUAAUCUCUCUCCUCACUUGCGAGUUCAGCAACAAAACAAAGGAAGCCAGACCCGAGGAUUUCAUUCCAAACGAAGACAGGUUUUAUUUCAAACGAGAUAGGAAUCGUGGUAAGUAGAGAUUAGUACAACUUUUUGCAACCCACAACAACAUGAUUUAAUUUGUUACAAUAGAGGUUUAAUUUAUUCGUAGGUGGUAAAACGCUCAAAAUCGAUCGCUUUUUAAUUUGUAUUGCAUGCAGCAAUGGAGACGUGUAGAUUUGAGGUCAACGAGAACGACUACGACUUGGCGUGUUCGCAAAAAAUAGACACUCUGUAAAGCUUCAUUGUUAAUAUAUAUUUUUUUCACCAGAAAAGUUAGUACUCUUAUUUCUUUUGAACGCCUGUUUUAACAGGCCCUUCCCUUCCCUAUCGCAAGAUGAUAAAACUUUCAACAUUCACCUGAACAUUUGGUAACGUGUCUUCCGCUACUAAGACAAUCUCUCUAAAACCCGUAGUAGAAUGACAAAGGCUAUCAUGUUUUUCCGCCAAAAUGGUGCUGCAUGGUUACGCAUGCGUACUUCUUAAGUAUAAAGAAGAUCUCAUCGUCUUAGAACCUAAAGAUCUCUAACAUGAUAAAAAGAUGGACAAGAAACCUUGCACAUCCAGGGGUUCAUGACAUGAGCGUGUGAACAUUUUACCAUUUAAGAUCUAACCAUGGAUAAUAGAAAGACUAACUGUCUGCAUGCAAUUACAGCAAAACAUCCUGUUUUUUUUUUUUUUCAGUUCGGUUAGGAUCCAUUGCCGAAUUGCCUGCAGAAACGUGUCAUGAAAUCAAGUCGAGUGAGGGUCAAGUACCCAGUGGAAAAUAUUGGUUCUCUACUAUAAAAACUGGGUCUUCUAUUCUGGCUCAUUGUGACAUGGAAACUGAAGGUGACUUAAGUUAUACUCAGUAGAGCAUUAUGAGCACUAAAAUUUUGGCCCUAUCCAUCGAAUGUCAGUCUUGGUUGUCACCUGAUUUGUACGGCUCGUACUUUACUGUGCGCCACAGGAAUUUAUAUAAUUCAAUUGCAAUUACAAUCAAAUGGUUUGUUUCUUAAAAUAUUGGAAGGGUUUAAAUUCUUGUUGGAUUCUGAACUCCACGCAGUGGAGUCGGGAUUCCAGGUACUGUAUUCCAGUCUUUGUUAAUAGUGAAAACUGAAUUCAGGAUUACUUAUUUCUCUUUCCUUUUUACAGUAACGAACGGUAAGCUGAUUUCUUCUUGUGGGAUUCCGGAUUCCUUGAGCUGUAUAAUUGGAUUCCAAAGUUCAGGAUUCCGGAUUCCACGAGCAAAAUUUUCACGGAUUCCGGAAUUCAACAAACCCCCCCAAAAUUCCAGGAUUUCGGCAUCCAGAUUUCCUCACGUAGGUGAUCGGUGUCUAUUCAUUCAAUAAUUUUACUUGUUCAGAUAUCGAUGAAUGCUCCACCUCUCCUCCCGUCUGUGACGUCAAUGCUAAUUGCACCAAUAUUCAAGGAUCCUAUUUCUGUACCUGUAAGACCGGAUUCUCGGGUGAUGGCAAAACCUGCCAAGGUAGGAAAACGAAAGCAUUGUGACCGGAAUAACGAAUUUCAUACUGAGGUAUUACAUAGACGGUCGAAGGUAUAGUAAUAAUCGUCAGACCACACAGCUCCACGGCAUGGUCAGAACCUCCCUGACCGCUGUAUGUAGUCUAUAGGAGUACAGUCCAAAAUUACCCACAAUUCAUUCCCAAAAUGCGAGAGGUUGUUGCCCCACAGGGGGUCUCUUUCGAGAGCUAUGUCCCAAUAUAUCUACUUUUUGGCGGAGAAUUUAUUGCAUGUACGUAAUUUCUAACUUACGUAUAAGUAUUGUUUUAUGUUGUCACUGAAAGUUAUUCGUAUUUUUGCAGCGGCGUAGUACGCACAGUGAACAAAAAGGCAACGCCAUGCGUCAAAUAGUCGCCUACUUGGGGUUAAAAACGAUAGAAUAAAACCGUAAGACAAAAAGGUGGUCGCGGUUGCUUAUAAGAGGUUGUCGUUUACUGGGGGUUGUAGUUAUAGGUCUUUAAAUGAGAAAAUUUGGGUGUUUUGGAUAGGUGAUUGCUAAUGCCGGAGUUGGUCCAUCUUACUAGAGAUGCUCGCAUUUGGAGGUUCUAUUGAAUAGUUCAGAACCACAAGACAAACUGUGAACAGGGUUAUAGUAAUAGUUGAAAGCUAGAAUUUAAAUCAAACGAGCUUUAUGAACGUUAUUUUUCUUUUUCAAUGUUAAAGAUGUCGAUGAAUGCGUGGAAGGAUCACAUGACUGCUUUCCAAAUUUCGCCAACUGCGUUAACAUUCCUGGCUCACAUAACUGUGUCUGUAGCCACAGCUACACGGAAGACAACACCUGUCUGCCAGAGGGUACUGAGUACUAGUUGUUCUGAGCUAAAUUGUGCACUAGCUACCAGUUGUAAAGAUAUAUUCUUUGGAAUUUGUCUACGCAAAAGCGAUUCGAAUUUAAUAAUCGAUUGACAUUGCAUUUGUUGAUUUUGCGAUAAUUCGAGAUGAAUGUAUAUGGUACAUUCUCAUGCAAUACUGCCAGCUCCAUCACCAUAUUUUUCAUUCAAAGCAGUCUCCAAACCAUCCUAUGCAAUAAUAUUCCAGUCCUUUCAAUCCGCCUCUUUCUCUAUUAGCAUCUAUUCUGCCCCAUUAUUGAGUUUGAUGUUUGGCGCCGCGCAAUUUUCAGCAAGAAAUAAUAGUUAACUCUGAGGAAUCCCGCCUUGCACUGUAAGAUGCAACGCACGCUACCUUUCUCGUCUUGCUCUCCGAUGCUUAAGUUUUGUUUGCUCAUCCGGACGCUUUUACUGUAUCCCUCAUGAGAUAUACUUGACGCUCAUCGCUAAUAUUUGGCCUCCAGUUUUCUCUACAAAAUUAGACAUUCUUCGAAAUUUCUUGUAUCCUUUGGUCCCUCCUAAUGUUGAUAAUCGCUAAAUAUUGUCAAGCAGAUAAAAGUAAAAUUUUGUCACAACGUUUCGUCGUUCCAUGAUGAUAUUAUUUUGCGGUGUUACAAGCGUGUUGACCCCAUAAGAAGGAAUCCAGCUAGCGGUCAGGGUGGUACUUAAACUCGGGGGCACCGGAUUACAAGUCCAGCUCAGCUCGACCGCGCGCUAUAACCUCGAGGCCAAACUGCCUCCUGGUUGGUUUGCGAUUAGUCCCUAAACAACACUUUGCACAUGGUUGACAAUUUUCAAUGUCCCUGGUAAAUGAACCAGUUGCUCGCAUCAUGCAGUGUCUAUGAAAUGCUUUGAGGGUUCAUCCACUAGUCAAUGAAUGAUGAAUGAUUCUUAACUAUUUUCUCUCUCUUUCUCUCUCCUACUUAGAAUGUGUAAAUUAUCGACGCAUUACCAAUGCUGACAGAAAAGUCACGUACGGAAAAGUUUCAGUACAAUGUGACAAAACAAUAGACAUCACAUGGUACAGGUUCGAAGGUGCGGCAGGGACAAGGAUGCCGACGUCAUGUCCGCCUUUAUAUAAAUGUAACACAAACGCUCCAGGCUGGCUGAAGGGCGGGCACCCUAGCGUGGCAGAUGGUCAGGUUACAAGGAAAGCGUGUUUUCAUUGGUCAAACUGUUGUUCUCUCUCCACCAACAUCAAAGUAAGGAACUGUGGUUCCUAUUAUGUCUACUACCUCAAGAGUACUGGAAGUUGCUGGUAUCGCUACUGUAGUACCGAGUAA